AUGCCUCCUAUCCCCUAUACCUAUACCCCCCUUCCGCUUGCGACCGGAGAUAGACGGUGGCUACAGAAUAACAUAUCGCAAAUUCGGCUCCUGAAGCUGCUUCCGAGCGAGGACAUUGACGCUCCAAUCUCGUUUGUGAUAAGACAGGACAUAUUGAGCAAGGAGAUGGACAGGACGAGCUUUUUUGCGGGGACUGGGUCUAGCAAGGGAAGUGAAGAGCUGCCGAAGCCUCCGGUCUAUGAAGCCUUAAGUUAUGUUUGGGGGGAUCCGAAAGUGAGAAAGGCAAUUAGGGUUAGCAAUGAGGGAAAAGCAGGACAGGAGGGAGAGCUGCAGGUUACAGUGAAUCUGUACUCUGCGUUGCAACAUCUGAGGUUGAGGGACCGGCCAAGAAUGCUGUGGGCUGACGCAGUAUGUAUUGAUCAGAGCAAUGUGGAAGAGCGGGCGCAGCAGGUCAUGAUUAUGGGGAGGAUAUAUGCGUUAGCGAAAAAGGUGGUUGUGUGGCUGGGGGAGGCGUCUAUGGAGGAGGUAUCGCUUGAAGGGAAUGGAGAGGACAAACAUGAGCCUCCGAGUAAUAACGGAUUGAGAACGUAUGCCGAAUGGAAUAAAACCGAGCUCGUGGCUGAUCAAACUAGGAAGGCACUAUCGACUCCGCCGCAGAACCAGAACAAGGGGCCAAGAAAGAUUAAGAGCAGCGACUUUCUGUUUGAUGUGUUUCAAGAGUUGUACGAUGCAUUAGUGAACUGGUCGCAAGAGCUGGACAAGUUGAACACCUACGUUGACCAAAGGUACCACAAGCUCGACCUCGACAAGUCUCUCGGGACAAGGAAAAAGACAGCAGCCCAGGAGGCCCUUCGGCAUCUGUUGAAACGGACGUGGUGGACUCGCAGCUGGAUUGUGCAGGAAGUGCUCAUGGCUCGGCAAUGCAUUUUUGUCUGUGGGACAAAGGCAGUGUCCUGGGAUGUAAUGGGUCGGACUAUCAGUCUCCUGCUGACUUCGACCUCGUCAUUCGUGCGCGAGUCCGACAAUCCUUUUUCUCAGUUGCCAAGUACUAUCCGAGAACAACUUAAGGUAAUUGAUCUCUGGACGACAAAACUCAACAUGGGCUGGAACGAAAUCCACAAGCGCACUCUUAGCCUCGACCAGCUCCCUAAUCAUCUGAUACGCUUCGGGUGCUUCAAGUGUUCUGACCCCAGAGACAAGAUCUUCGCUUUCAUUGGUUUGGUUGAGCGGGGCGUCCGCAUCUAUGCCGAUUACAAUCUUUCAACUCGAGAAGUCUACAUGGAUGUCACCCGCCAACAUGCCUGGCACAACGAGAACCUCAAUAUCAUUUGCCGGCAUCACCGUGGCUACGCACCCACUCCCGAAAGUGCAAAACUAAAGCUUCCGUCCUGGUGUCCCGACUGGAGCCGCAGCGAUAGUCGAGGCUGGCAAUCCUGGGUCGUAUCCGACGAUGAAAGCGAGCGCGAUUUGUAUUUCGCUGAUGGUCGUACAAACUUCUCCUUCGUCUACAUGUUCCCCAAUCCCUGGCGCCUCGACCCAGAACUCUUCAUCGGCGAAGGGGCGCGCCUCGAUGUCAUCGCUUCCAUAUCGGAUUUCAUUCCACUCUCCGCUUAUGACGAUGACAGCUGGAUGGACCAAGUCCGUGCUUGGGAGCCUAAUAGCAUCCGUCAAGUGUCCUUGAUGUCUAAGACAUCGCAGGAAACUGCCCUUCGCGCCUACUGGCGCACGCUCCUGACAGACAAAAGAUAUCCUACGUGGCGCUUCUCCGAGGUUGGUGAUGACGGGCGCUACUGGCAAUACGACAUGUGCUACCUCGCCUUUGCUAGGCAUAUCGAGUUCGGCUAUUGGGCCUCAAGCUUAGACGCAAAUAUGGAGAAAUUCAAGAUUAUGCUACAUCGAACGACGUUUGGGAUGCGGUUUGCGACUACUGAGAGAGGGUAUUAUUGCAUGGUGCCUCAGGCUGCGGAGGUGGGUGAUACAAUUGUCGUUUUGCGGGGCGGCAGCGUGCCGUUUGUAUUGAGAGAAGCCGACAGAUGUGCCGUAACCAAAGACAAAGAGAAAGAAGAGGUAAAGGAAGAGGGUGUAAUACCGGAAGAGGUGGUGGUGCCGAAAGAGGCAGUGGUACCAGAAAAGGUGGUUGUACGGGAAGAGGAUAUUCGGGAUAAGGAUGCAAAGGAAGCGGAGAAGAAGGAAGAGGAAGAAGAAGAGGAAGAAGAGCUGCCAAUCUGGACAAUGAAAGGGACUUGCUAUGUGCAUAGCAUGAUGGAUGGCGUGGUCUUCCGGGAGAUAGAGGCAGGGAAGAGGGUAUCCGAAUAUUUUGUAAUCAGAUGA